AUGUCUCGCCAGGAAUUAUCUUAUCUCGACAUUGUGCCUCAGUGGCAAACAUCAGUUCAGCCCCAACGAGGAACAGGUGUCAGGGGAUCUCCGAAUAGCACAAGUACCAUCGAGGCCAUGCACGAGUCUGAUUCUGACAGCGACGACGGAAAUGGUGCUUCUGGCACUGGGAGAAAGGCUACGGUCCCCGCGAAGCGACGACAAGCACUUGAGGACACGCGUAUUACUCGGGAAGAGAUGAAGAAGCUCGAGAGCCGGCUCAACAGAACCACUGUUCUAUGCACAUCACUUUUCUGUAUCAACAUUGCGAUCUCGGGAGUCAUGUUUGUGAAUUUCAUGAGAAAGGAUUGA